AGAAUCUUAAAUGUUACUAAAUCUGUGACUAAUUUUUUUAUUGGUAGGUUUAACUUCACGUUUAGUUGUUCUAUAUUUAUUUUUUCCCUAUUUUUAAAUCGGUAGUUGAGUAAAGUCGUCGUAAAUUAGUUUUAAUUUGAAAAAGAAAAUUAAAAUGUCUAAAGUAACGGACAGGCCCAACAGUUAUCAAACAUACAAAUUGGUUAUUGUGGGUGGAGGUGGUGUCGGAAAGUCCGCAAUAACUUUACAAUUUAUUCAGAGCUAUUUUGUUACCGACUACGACCCCACCAUUGAAGAUUCUUACACUAAACAAUGUGUCAUCGACGAUAUCCCCGCAAAACUAGACAUUUUGGACACCGCCGGUCAAGAGGAAUUCAGUGCCAUGCGAGAACAAUACAUGAGAUCAGGUGAAGGCUUCUUACUUGUCUUUUCAGUAACAGAAAGAUCCAGUUUUGAAGAAGUCUACAAAUUUCACAAACAAAUCCUUAGAGUGAAGGACCGCGACGAGUUCCCCAUGUUGAUGGUGGGAAACAAGGUGGAUUUGGAACACCAACGAGUUGUUUGGCAAGAGGAGGCGCAACAGCUGGCAAGACAAUUAAAAAUCCCAUACAUUGAAUGCAGUGCCAAAAUGAGGAUGAAUGUGGAUAAUGCCUUUUACGAACUGGUUCGCGUUGUGCGAAAAUUCCAGUUAUCUGAAAGGCCGCCUCUAAAGACCGGGUAUAUGAAAAGGAACAAGAAAAAAUGCUGCAUGCUGUGAAUGCGCACUCUAGACGCUUAUUUUUAUGUACACAUCACUAAGAUUUUCAUGAUAUUUAAACGUAAUUACGCUGUUAGGACAUAUCUGCACGGUUUGUGUUCUUUCUACAGAUAAAUAAGGGAUCACUUGGUAUAUUUUCCAGUGAGGUUUCUUAAUCAUACAUUUUUUUACACUUAAUAAAAAGUUCAGUACCUAACCACAUUUUCUGUUGAUCCAUGGACACAUUUUUUUUACCCUUAGCACGAGUAUAUUGAAUUUUCAUUGACCCCUUGUUUGUCUGAUUUUUAGCUGUCAAGCUCUAUAAAUAUUGUAUAUAAUAUGUAGCUAUAAAGAGAGGCAGACUUAUAUGAAUAUGACUCAAGCUUUUUUUGUAUAUAAGUUAUUCUCUACCAAAUAGAGUGAAAAACACCAAUUUUAUUUUUAUAUGAAUUAUAUUUUUCUAGGCUACUAGUGGCUAGAAUAGUUUUAUGAAUUUUUUGAGACAAAUAAGAUUGCCUGAUUGUUCAUUUAGAGAUCUCUAUAAAAUUAUUUCAAUUGAAAUAAUUUUCUGUACAUCACAUGAGAUGAUAUUUACAUUGUGUAAUUCCCAUGAACACUGCCAUUUAAUGUUUUAAUAGGCAGAUUCGCUUUAAUAAAGAGUGUCAAUUACAUCUAAUAACCGAGUUACUAAUGAUAUUUAGUUAGACGGUAAUGAACUUGACUCAUUUUAACCUAAACAAAUUUUUCGUUUAUUUUAAACUAAAAUAGCCCUCCUUUACUUAUUGCUUAAUUUAACAAAUUUAUUGCAAGUACAAUUAGAUGUAAUCAACGGUGCUAUUUAUCGCGGGCACACUUCUAGUUAUAAAUUUUAGAUUUGUGUGUUCUAUUUUAACAAAAUAAAUGUUUUAAUGUA